CAGCUUUGUGUAGUGAGACGUUGAAGAACGCCUCAUUACGCUGUUUUUCAGUGGCACCAUAAAUGGACAAAAAGAAAGAUGGCGCCUCGUCCAAAAAGGCGAUAUAACAUCACAAUCCGAAUGACAAGAAGAACACCGAUCGACAUUCGAAAUUCUUAAAAACAAAACUCCUAAAGAAACCUACAAAACAUAUUCCUUAAAAAAACCGAAAACCUCCAAACCUAAAACCGUGCCCCUCAGGGUUGAUUAUGCUUUUCUUGUACCCAAAGUGAAGUGAACUUUGUAUUAAUGUGUGAAAAGGCGAGUUUGCACAAAAUGACGAACAUCACGCCGGAGACGCGCGUCAUGAUGAUGCGCAGCGUCGACAAGACCUGCUAUCGACGACAGAUCCUAGCAGCCUUGGCUGUGUCUCUUGGUCCGUUCGCGGCGGGGCUGAGCAAGGGCUACAUGUCCCCGGCCAUCGCCUCCAUGCAGGACUCAAAACCUAGCAACGGUUCCUUCACAGUCGAUGACCAGCAGGCUAGCUGGAUCGCCAGUCUCAGCUUUUUGGGUGCUCUAGUCGGUGGAAUAAUUGGAGGUAUGACGAUGCGUCUCGGGCGCCGAGCAGUUCUCCUAGCAGCAGCCCUUCCAUACACGCUGACCUGGCUGACUACAGCGCUGGCGUCCAGCGUCAACAUGCUGGCAGCUGUAUCUUUCUGCGGAGGUGUUCUUUUGUGCUGUAUUACUAUGAUUACUCAGGUGUACGUUACAGAGAUAGCCCUACCAGAAAUCCGAGGAUGCUUAUCAUCGGUUCUAAAGAUCCUGAACUACAUCGGCAUACUAAUAUCGUACUCUGUAGGGGCCUACCUAAACUGGUAUCACCUUGCCCUUGUCGUUGCUACGGCCCCAGUAUUACUUUUUCUGGCGUUACUCUUUAUACCCGAAACACCAUCUUCUCUUCUUUUGAGGGGUAAAGAAGAGAAGGCAGCUGAAGCUUUACAAUGGUUACGAGGGCCCGAAGCUGAUAUUCGUCAAGAACUAGCGACUAUAAGAACAAAUAUAUUGGCCAGUAAGCAGUAUCAUGACAGUAGGACGAGCAAAAUUAAAGUUCUUUUCUCUAAGAGAUUGACAAGGCCAGUUCUUAUUACUUGUGGGUUGAUGUUCUUUCAAAAAUUUACUGGUGCUCAUGUUUUUAGUUUUUAUGCCGUGCCUUUGUUUAAAAAGACCUUUAAAAUUAUGAAUCCGCACGGAGGUGCUAUCGCCAUCGGUGUUGUUCAAUUAUUAGCAUCAUGUCUAUCUGGCAUGUUAAUUGAUCACGUUGGAAGGCUACCUUUACUACUCGUUAGUGGAGUAAUGAUGUCCAUGGCCUUGGCUGGAUUUGGUUCCUAUUUAUAUUAUGAUGAUAUUUUAAGAAGUCCAACAGAUAUUACUCAAGAUGUUGGUUCAUAUGAUUGGAUUCCUUUGAUCUGUGUAUUGACUUUUACGAUUGCAUUUUCUUUAGGAAUAAGUCCUAUUGCGUCUUUGCUCAUCGGGGAAUUGUUUCCUUUAGACUACAGGAGCAUAGGUAGUGCUUUAGCUACUAGCUUUGGUCACCUCUGUGGGUUUUUGAGUAUAAAGACUAAAGCUGAUUUUCAAAGUUUAAUAGGGUUACACGGUUUGUUUUGGUUAUAUGCCGGAAUAUCAGUUCUCGGUCUAUUGUUUGUUGUACUAUUUGUACCGGAGACAAAAGGUAGGGAAAUUGAUGAAAUGGACCCUCGGUAUGUUGAGUCAUUAUGUAUUAACCGAUAGUAUAUAGUUAAGUAUUUAGGUUUUAAUAGAAAUUUGCCUUUAAUAGAAACAUGUGUGAUUAGUAAAGCAUCAACGUUUGUCUUUGUAAGGGUAUUGUCAUAAACUAUUAUAAUAUCUGGAGUUAAAACAUAGUAUUGUUUUAUAGGAAAUAGUACAAAUGUUUAAAACUGUUUUAUAGUCAAUGAAUUUUUUUUUACAAUUUAGUCUUGUAUGUGCUGUAUCGGCUUGCUAAUUAGGUCUUCAAAGAGUUUGAGACCGGGCAACGCAAUAACAAAACAUCACACGCCAGUAUUUCUUUCCAUCAACUAAAAUUCAUUCAACCUGGUAAAAUCUAGCGCGUCUAGCUGUGUUCACAUUACUUAGUGUUGGUAGUAGGCUACAAUUUCAGUAUUUAUUUCAAAUCGAAGUAGCAACUUGAAUAAUGUUAAUACUUUUUCAUUUAAUCUCUCAUUCCGUAAUUUUAGCUUGAAGGCAAUUCCAGUUGAGGGCAGUAGUUUUCCAUUUUCUUUUUAGAAUAAUGAGAACCAGUCCAGUAUUAUUUCUUUCCAGUGCUAGAGCGCGGAACAAGAUUAGAACAGUUGUUCUUGUCGAGGAUUUUCUCAUACUUUGACAGGAAUCAUGUAAACGAUUUACUGGAACCUAUGGUCUGGAUCACAGAACUUGAAUGCAUCAGUCAUUUUAAGGCCUUUGUGGUUAUUCAUUUAACGAUUGAUGACUUCUAAUCAUCUCCCUAUAUUUGAAUGAUAACGACAAAAUAUAAAUGGUUUGAAUUUAGUUUCACGUGUAGGUAGAUACGAAGUGUGCGGUGAAUCGGGAAAAAAAUUGUGACAAUAAAGCUGCAAAAAGGCGAGACGAAAAAAGAGAGUAGACAAAUUCUUCUUUUUCGUUGCACUCUUGACACAGCGGUUGUGAUCACGGAAUAUGUUUGUUAGGGGCUGAUGUACUCGCCAUCUCUCUCUGUUAGUGGACUCUCUCUUCCACUCGUGCAAAGUUUUUUGUGUCGGUCCAUCGCAUGGGUCAAUCCGCACAGUCUAGUGCCCUCGACUCUGCCUUGCAUGAUAAUAUGCUUUAUGGAGUCAAAGCUCCGUCUUGAAGCUCAGUCUUGUUUCUUAAGAACUUCAGGAUGUGAAUUUGCAUCACAGCAGACAGCUGCUAGAUCCUUAAGGAUUAGCUAGUUAACCCGUGACCAUGUAGCGUGUAACCGCUCUGAAAAAUCAGGAGAAGAUUGACACUUUGGUAACAAGCCUGAUACUAGCAAUAAUCCUUUGGUUAGUAGUUUCUGAGAUAUUUGAGGUAGUGUAGGAGGUGUAAAUACAGCGCUGAUGUUUUACUUUUAUGAUAGUUUUAACUAGACGGUGUCUUCCUUCAGUAUUAUUGUUGUUAGUAUACUCGAGAUUGCCUUUUGUGCCUUAUUAGUAUUCCUAUUAAAUAUCAAGGUUAAUAAAUAUAUUUUGGUUUCACUUAUAGGUUCGAAAUGUACUUAUUCGUAAAAUAUCACAUGUAGAUAAAAAAAAAGGCAGAGGACUUUCAUGACCUGAUCAAGUCUUACAUUUCAAGUGUCGUGAUCAGUUCAAGAAAAAAAAGCACAAACCUACGGUUUAUUAAGAUCACAAUAUAUGUAGAUAGGUAACCAGAGAGUUUGUUAAUCUUGAUAUAAUAUCACAAGACUUUUUUCCUAUUGUAGAUAACGUAAUGAAAUUAAAUUUUAACUCAGGUAUAUAACUGAGUAGUUUUCGAAGUAGAUCUGAGAAAGCAAUGUAAUAUAAAGUAAAAUACGUAACUAUGUUUUCGUUUUCAACGUACAUUUGUGACGAAACUUGUUUUUGUAAAAUAUACGCGGUAAAAGAAUUAAGUUUACAGGAAUAAAUAUACUAGGGAGAGAAACGUGCGCAAUUUUAGUUGAUCGUCAUAAGUGGAAUACUUAAAAAUAUAAUACUCAGAUUGGCGCGCAGGUUGGGUCUAUUUACGCGUGCUAAGAAACCUGUAAGAUUUGUCCCUAGGCUAAAGACAAAACAGUUGGAAGAUAUAAUUCUAACAUACAUCGUUUUGCAAUUACAAUUUUUUUUUUAUCUUAAAAUGUAAACUUAUUUCUUUUGCCCCGUAUAUAUUAUUGUUUUGUUUUAAAUUCGUCUUUGCUUUACGGGCUAUAUAUAUAUAUAUAUAUAUAUAUUUUGUGUCACAAAAUAAGUUUAAGCAAGAAACAUUUAAGCGUACGCCAAAAGAGGCUGCUGUAUAUUCUAAAAGACCUCUUGUUAGUACUUAUUUCCUUGUCUUAGAGAGCUUAAGGUUGUUGACUGUUAAGGUUCAAAUGCUGUAGAAUUAUCAAACCAACCAUUUACAUGGCUUAAUAUCACGUUAAAGACAAAAAGAAACUCAUAUUCACCAAUCACUUGAGUUUAUUGAUGUGGCAAUUACGCAUUAUUUAACGUGAUAUGAUCAUAUUAUUCCUCUCCUUAUUUUCUGAUGUAUUUGAUGUUUUUGUCGAAACUACGUACGGGAGUCAUCUUACCGACGCGGAAUCGUCUAGAGCCGUUCAGGAAAAGCUAUAUAUCUAAGCUAUAAGAGCGAAAAAGGUGUGCUUUGUGUUUCGUUGUUUCGCUUUCGUCUUUUUUGAUGCAAAGACACUUUUUUGUCUGGCUCAAGCCGUUUUCUCAUCGAUAAGUGAGAUGACUCCCUAAAGGCCACCAUUUACGGAUCAAUUUGACUUAACGAUUAUCGUAACGAUCAAUCGAAACUUGGAAUCGUCUGUAUAUUGGAGGCCUUAAGACGUACGAUCUUCCUCAGUUUUCUAGCAAACAUUCUCCACUCCGUAUGUCCAUUUUUUUUUACAUAUUAACAUAACUUAUUGAUAGUACAAAAUUGAU